GGGUGGGAAUUUCGAAGAAGAGAAGAACAGGGUUGUGAGAUUUUCAGCAGCACCCUGAACGUGAACCGUCAUGAUGCGGCUUGCUGAGAGAUUCAAUUUCAAACCACGAUACGAACGAGAUUGGCGCGUGUGAAAGGGUGGUGGUUAUAUGGAUAUGCUUGGGCGGCAAGCGGAAAGGAUAUUUGGUUUUUGGCGUAGAGGGAGAGUAGUAUGGAAGCUGGAAUCACAUGCUCAUGGCUUCCUGAAGCGGGUGCGUUCGAUAAAUUCAUCACACGCGUUCAUUCGGGCUUUAUUGGCAGGAUGAGGAGCACGCGACUCCCAUUGGAUGGAGUUUUCGCGAGCUUCUGGACGCUGAUUGGGUAUGGGACAAGAUAUAAUCGGCGAGCAUACGUGCAGCAGUCUCCAAUAUGGCUAUUCCCCGCUACGUCUUUUCUCCCUGCAGAAUUCUGCAGAAUAUUGUGCCAGGGCUUGCAGCAAGACCUGGCAGCUGAGGAUAUAUUUCGUACAGACGCGACGACACGCGAGUGCGGUCGAGUGGAAGCGGUUCGAGAGACUAUGCUGCAAUUUCUGCUCUACCAAUAUGCAUCUAGCAGGGGGAGGCGCAACGUCGAUUGUCGACGUCGGUACUGGAGGCUGGAGCUUUGGUACGCCGUCUAUCGAUGGAUUCGAUGGGUUGCGGGGAGCAAAAUGCGGUGCCGGGCCGUUGCCAUCAGCAGUGAGAGGGAAUCAAAGAGGAUCUUCGAGGCGCUCUCUUGUCUAUACCAAUUGUGAGAUAGCUGAAUUGGCCAAGCUUCCCUUGCUCUUUUCGCACUUUGCUCGUUGCUCUUCUCGCAAGCUGCAAGCUGAGGGCUCAAGCGUUGUGGAUUUAGGUAGAUG